AUGAUUGUACCAACUUUUGGAAAUGAGUUUGUGCAUAUAAAGUUACACUUACCACACAAACUAGAUGCCUCUAGUGGAGAAGAACAUGAAUAUCAACACUCUGAUUCAAGUCAUCAUGCAACAGCCCCAGUUAUUCCAGCACAUAAAGUUAUACAUCACUAUCAUCAUCGUAGAAGACCGUCGAAAAAAGGUUAUAGUGGCAAACAUAGUAAUUGGCUAGAGAGUAGUUAUAAGAAGCCCACAUUUAGUAAUGCAGAUUUCAAGGAAUUUCCUCACGACGACAGUGAUGAAAUAUUUGAAAAGCCAAUAGAGACUUAUGUUGUAAAACCAGCAGAAACAAUACCAAAAAAGCACACUAACACCUAUAAAGUUAUAAAACAUAAAAAGAAACAACCAACGCAUGGUCACUUCCAUCACUAUCAUCCUAAAGAGCCCGUCGAAACAAUACGUGUGAUUGAAUCAAAGCCAAGCGACUAUGAAGGCGGUUAUGAUUACAAACCAUCACAUAUUGAUACCUUUAAAGUUGUUGAAACUUCAGGUCGGCAUAAACAUAUCGACGAUUAUCACCACAAGCCAAAGAGUUAUAAAGAAACGCAUACUUAUAACACACCAAAAUUCAACUAUGCACAUAAGACACCUAUUGAAGAGACUAUAGAUUUAACCAGUAGUAGCAAGUUUCCAUCAUAUGAGCACUCGCAGUACAAUUAUGAUAAAGUACCUGAAUCCUAUGAACAUUAUACUAAAAAUAAUUAUGACAGUGUAAGAUAUCCACCGAUAUCACUCCCUGAUGAAAUUCAUGUAGAGCAUGAGUAUCAGAGUUCAUAUAGACCGAGCACAGUAGAUAGUGGUUACAAUUACGCACCACAAGGCAGUAGCACAACCAGUUAUCGCAAUAACUACGAACAUGACUAUACACAGAGUUUUGAUACCGGCUAUAGGAGUAGUAGUAGUAGUACUAUUGCAGCAGCUGAUAGUUACCUGCCUUCAUCUAAUGAUCAACAAACAGAAACCCACCAUUAUGAACAAAAUGUAAGGCAAAAUACUUUAUUCGAUGAUGAAGUCUUUACAGUACCUAAAGAGCCAGAAACUUGGACAGCACAUUAUAAUAAACCAAAUACAUAUAGCGGUUUGGAUAGCUAUAGUGCGGGGCAUGUACAAGGCGUUGACAGUACAACUGGUUACCCCUAUCCCACACCAUUUUUAUAA